AUGGUGGGACCUGUCAUGGAUGAUUGGAUUUGCGGUAUUCAAGUCUGUCCUUGCUUUCCACCGAUUUUCAGGUGGGGACAAACGUUGGGUAUUAUUUUAAAUCGUCACAUUAGUGCUGUGGAUAGCAUUUGUGUUACCCAAUUACGGAAAAACAUUUGUACAAGCACUGCAAUGGCCGAUAAAUUUAAAUUACCUGCCCGCUACGGAGACGGCGAAAAAAGUGUGUGGGUUGAAUAUAUUCAACUGGCUGCCGAAUAUAAACCUGCAGUAAACCUCGGUCAGGGUUUCCCGGACUAUCACGCACCAGAUCAUGUUUUAAAGGCCCUAUCAAAUACAGCCCUCGGUGAAAAUCCAUUGGCAAACCAGUACACAAGAGGAUUUGGUCAUCCUAAAUUAGUACAAAAUCUAGCUAAACUGUACUCUCCAUUAAUAUCCAGAAAUCUUGAUCCGCAAAAUGAGAUUCUGGUCACUGCUGGUGCAUAUGAAGCUUUAUAUUCAGCCAUUCUUGGACAUGUGGAAGUUGGUGAUGAGGUGAUAGUGAUAGAACCUUUCUUCGACUGCUACGACUUCAUGAUCAAGUGCGCUGGAGGUGUACCCAGAUUUAUUCCUCUUAAGCAAAAAAAAAAAUCAGGGACCAUCACCUCCGCUGAUUGGGUACUAGACGAGAAAGAGUUAGCCGGUCUCUUCAAUUCUAAAACAAAGAUGAUCAUAGUGAACACUCCUCACAACCCCUUGGGCAAAGUCUUUACAAUGGAGGAGCUGACGUUCAUAGCCAACCUCUGCAAGAAACAUAACGUACUGUGCUUGUCCGAUGAGGUGUACGAGUGGAUGGUCUACGAGCCUAAAAAGCAUAUCCGAAUAGUCACUCUGCCGGAUAUGUGGGAACGCACAAUAACAGUGGGCUCAGCGGGCAAGACGUUCUCGGUGACUGGCUGGAAGAUAGGAUGGGCGUACGCUAAUCCAAAACUUAUGCGCAACUUGCAAGUCAUACACCAGAACUGUGUAUACACUUGCUGUACGCCAAUACAGGAAGCAAUAUCUAAUGCACUAGAAUACGAGCUGGCCCGCCGUGACACUCCCGAAUACUACAUGCACUCUUUGGCACGAGAACUCCAGCCGAAGAGAGACUUCCUAAUAAAGGCUCUCACAGACAAUGGGUUUAAUCCCACCAUACCGGAGGCUGGGUACUUUGUUGUUGCUGACUGGACUAAAUUGGCUAACAAGAUCGACUUAUCCAAAGAAAAGGACCAAUACAAAGACUAUCGCUUCACAAAGAAGUUUGCCAAAGAGGUCGGCGUACUGGCCAUCCCGCCCGCUGCCUUUUACUCCAAAGAACAUAAGCAUCUAGGAGAGAAUUAUGCCAGGUUUUGUUUUAUUAAGAAAGACGAAAACCUAGCACUAACUGAGAAACUUAUGAGAGAUUGGAACGAGAAGAAAUCCAAAUUAUAG